AUGGCUCAAGACUGCCUUCCUAACUUUAUCUCUCGCAUGUUGCUAACUGGCAUAACCGCUAUCAUGAUGUUGUUGAUGAGCUGCAGCACAGUCUUUGCAGGGGCUCGACACCUUUUGGAGACAACGAUGCUAGAGAUAGCAUGGCUUCUUAAGCUUGAGUUGCCACCGCUUCCCGAUGUACCGAGUUUAUCGAAGCCUAAGCUACCAACAUUGUCCAAGACUGAACUUUCACCGUUAUCAAAAAUCGCGAGUUUGCCUAGGCCUGAACUGUCGAUUGUGCCGAAGCUAGUAGUGCCUACAAUACCUCAUCUCCCAGACCUGCCGAAGCCAGCACUCCCAACCGUCCCAACACUUAACAAGGACAUUCUCAUCCCUCCUCACUCAACCAACAAGCCCUGA